CGUAUGGUCGCGAUUAGCACCACAAAAGUGGAGGAAUAGAAUCCAUGAACAUCGCGUGGCUCAAAAGAAAGAUUUAGUUGAAUAUGAUUCCGUUGAAAAAAAACCAUUAAUUUUUAACAAAAAACAACAAAUGGACUUAUUACAAAAAAAAAAAAAAAAAAAAACAAUAUGGAUAUGAUCUUUUUUCCUAUCAACAUCUAAAUUAUGCAGAUACUAAAAAAUCUGAUAUUUAUGAAUAUAAAUCACCAUUGCAAGCAAACAAAAACCAAACGAUUUCUUAUAACAUACCUAAAAAUACAAACGAAUUAUUUGAUAUAAUGGGUAAUAGCUUGCUGCAAAAUUAUAUAGCAGAAGAUGGUAUUGAAGAUAUAAAUAUUGAGAUGUAUAUGGCGAUGGAUAGGAAAAAAAAGCGGGAUAGAAAGGUGGAUAAAAAGUAUUUUAAAUGUACGGCGGGAAUGAAUGUAGAAAGAAAAAAGAAUUCCAUAACCUAUCAGAAAUUAUUCACUCCGAGAUUGGGGGGGUUGUUUUCAAAAUUAAGUGCAUAUAAGAAGAAUCCUUGGAUCUUACCAAUCAAUUUCUUUUUUGUGCAGUUUUAUGGAAACAAAAACAUUACUGAUCGAGUCGAGUUAGCGUUAGAAAAGAAAGAAUACGCGAGUCAAGCAGAUCUAAAAUCAUAUCUCGCAAACUAUUAUAGGAACAGUCGUUAUAAUAUAAAUAAAUACAGGACCGAUCUAAAAGGAGAACGGAAUUUCUUACUAGAUAAAUAUUUUGGUUUUUCUUUGUACUUUCCGAGUCCCGUCGAAGACACAAUAAUGGAUAAUCUCAACGUAUACUGUCUCCUGAUGAGAUUGAAAACUGUAAAAAAAUUUGUCAUAAUGUCUAUAAAAAAGGGAGACCUAGAUUUCGAAAAUCUGGUGCGUCUGACGAUUAAGGACACUUGUUAUACAGAAUGUAGGGACACAGAUGAAUUGAGGGACCAAUUAAUGUUUUUUAUUGAACCUACUCGUAUUUCUAGAAAAAACUACGAACAAUUAUUUAUAUAUCAAACCAUAAGCAUAUCAUUGAGGCACAAAAAGAGAACAGAAACGAAACAUAAAAAUAAUUAUGAUUUACUUGUUCCUGAAAAUCUUUUGUCCACUAGACGACGUAGAGAAUUGAGAAUUCUAAUUUGUUUGAACCCACAGAAUAGAAAUACUGUGGAUAGAAACACAAGAAAUUCCAAUGAGAAAAAAAUAAAUAAUUCUGCUCAAGUUUUGACUAAAAAUGAAGAUCUUGAUAGCGAUACAAAAAAACUAAAGAAAUUAAAAUUCUUUCUUUGGCCUAAUUAUCGAUUCGAAGAUUUAGCUUGUAUGAACCGCUAUUGGUUUGAUACACAUGAUGGAAGCCGUUUCAGUAUAUUAAGAAUACAUAUGUAUCCUCGAUUGAAAACUUGAUUGAAAUUCUAGAUUUUUGUUCUAUUUAUCAUUAUCAUAAUAUUUUUCAUAUUUAUCUUCCUUAUAUCUGAACAUUUAUAUAUAUAUAUA